GUUUCCUACAUGAAUUUAGGGCUAAAAGUUGUUUACCUUUAUUGAAGUUUAAUGAACUACGUAAAAAACUUCCACCUACAAUUUUAAAGGAACUAUACUUUGGAUGGAAUUUGUAUUCUAUUGAGGUUUGAUAUGCGUUUAGGUGAAGCAAAAUGGUGAAAGAUGAAAUUAAUGGAAUGGCAAAUGGGGAAAAAAUGUAUCAGGAGCAAGAUAUUGUAUACAAAUCAAAGGUGUACGCUUUCAAAGAUGGAGAGUAUCGAAAGGCGGAAAUCUUGAUGAUUCAGAAAAAGGCCAGUGGCACUUUCUAUUAUGUACAUUACGACGAUUAUAACAAACGGUUGGAUGAAUGGAUUACUAUCGAAAAUAUUGAUUUAAAAAGAGGAAUCGAGUACCCACCUCCGGAAAAGCCAAAAAAAGCUCACGGAAAAGGGAAAUCAGCAGAAUCAAAAUACCCAAAGAAUGAUCGAAGGAAAUCUUUUACUAAACCUUCUAAAACCGAACCGAGUACACCUUCAGCUAAAGUUGAACCCUCUACCCCUUCUAUCGAGAGUGAUCAUGGAUCAAAUGCGGGCAAUGAAAGCCUCCCUUUGUUAGAUGAAGAUGAAAAACAAAAAGUUCCAGUAUCCAAAGAAGAGGAAGUAGAGCGACUCCGUUUUAGUGGAUCUAUGGUUCAAAAUCCCCAUGAGAUCGCUCGUAUUCGAAAUAUCAACAAGAUUCAGCUUGGUGAUCAUGAAAUUGAGCCUUGGUAUUUUUCUCCUUAUCCAAAGGAGUUUUCUGAAGUAGACGUUGUUUACAUAUGUUCUUUUUGUUUUUGCUAUUAUGGAUCCGAACGCCAAUUUAAGCGCCAUCGUGAGAAAUGUAGCUUGCAACAUCCUCCUGGAAAUGAAAUAUACAGAGACGACUACAUCUCGUUUUUCGAAAUUGAUGGUCGUAAACAGAAGACUUGGUGCAGGAAUGUCUGUCUUCUAUCAAAAUUAUUUUUAGACCAUAAAAUGCUUUAUUAUGAUGUGGAUCCAUUUUUAUUUUAUGCAAUGUGCCGACGAGAUGAAUAUGGUUGCCAUCUAGUUGGCUACUUUUCAAAGGAAAAAGAAUCAGCUGAAAAUUACAAUCUUGCAUGUAUUUUAACCUUGCCCCAAUAUCAGCAACACGGUUACGGUAAACUGUUAAUUCAAUUCUCGUAUGAAUUGUCCAAAAAAGAACACAAGCAUGGUUCACCAGAAAAGCCUCUUUCUGAUUUGGGGUUAAUUAGUUAUCGAGCUUAUUGGGCAGAACAAAUUAUAACCCUUGUCUGCAGUAUGCGAAAUGAAACCACCAUAGAUGAACUUGCAAACAAGACGGCUAUGACUACAAAUGAUGUUCUGCAUACACUUCAAGCCCUUGAUAUGCUGAAGUACUAUAAGGGACAAUUUAUCGUCUGUAUCACUGAGGGUAUUGAGCAACAAUAUGAAAGAAUAAAGUCAAAGAAACGAAGAAGGAUUGAGCCAGAAUUGCUUUCUGAGUGGCAGCCUCCAGUAUUUCAUCCUUCUCAGUUACGUUUUCGUUGGUAAAUAUUUUUAAUUAGAUUGUGGAUUGCUGGCCAAUUCCAUACGAUAUGAUAAUCUUUGUUUGAGAGAGUAGAAGUUGUAUAAUAACGAACUAUUGUG